AUGUCAUCCGCACCACUAUUACAAAAGACUCCUGGAAACAAGAUUGCACUUCCAACUAGGGUUGAACCUAAGGUUUUCUUUGCUAAUGAGCGUACUUUUCUAUCAUGGUUAAACUUCACAGUUAUGCUAGGUGGGUUAGGUGUCGGUCUAUUGAAUUUUGGUGAUAAAGUCGGUAGGAUAAGUGCUAUUCUAUUCACCUUAGUUGCCAUGGGUACAAUGAUUUAUGCAUUGGUGACUUAUCAUUGGAGGGCCGCUGCUAUUAGACGUAGGGGCUCAGGUCCAUACGACGACAGAUUGGGCCCUACUUUGUUAUGUUUCUUUCUAUUGAUUGCAGUUGUUAUAAACUUCAUCUUGAGAUUGAAAUACUCUGAACAAUAG